AUGGUAGAUCUCAAAGGGAAAGGAAUUAUCUAUGAAGAAGAUGAUGAACCAAUCCAAUUGUUUGAUGAAGAUGAUGCGCACACAAUACGAGAGUACCGUAUGUCUCUCAUUGGAAAGGUUCUUAACCCUAAGAAGCAAAAUGUGGAGAAGCUAAUCCAGUAUAUGCCUACUCAAUGGAAGAUGCAAGAUCGAAUCACAGCGAACGAUCUUGGUAAUGGAAAAUUUCUAUUCAACUUUGCAUCUGAGGAAGAUCUUCAAGCUGUUCUUACACUACAAGAAAACAGCGUGAAAAAUUUAAAAAACAUUGGAAGAAAGCUCGGCCAUGUUGAUACUAUUGAGCUUGAGGCUGGCCGGCUUCUGAUUAAUGUUGACACAAGGAAGCCUCCUGUGUUUAAGAAGAAAGUGCAAUCCCCAGUUGGAGAGGAAGUCACCAUCACGAUCAAGUAUGAUUUGCUGUUUAAACACUGUACUCCCUGUGGCCUGCUUACCCAUGAGGAGUCUUAUUGCUCGAAGAAGGUGGAGAUGAUGAAGGCGCAAACAGUUAAGGCAUGA